AAAAAAAAGGGCGUGUGUGCGGGGUGAAGGCAGUUUUUAACCGUUUCAUGUGGGUACAUAUGGUAUUUUAGACAUUUUUUUUUUUUAUACACCAUCUGGGUCUGAGGGACACAGUCGAGGAUGGGAUGCACACUGAGCACAGAGGACAAGGCGGCGGUGGAGCGCAGUAAAAUGAUCGACAGGAAUCUGCGGGACGACGGGGAGAAGGCAGCCAGGGAGGUCAAGCUGCUGCUGCUGGGCGCUGGUGAAUCAGGGAAAAGUACAAUUGUCAAGCAGAUGAAGAUCAUCCACGAGGCAGGCUACUCAGAAGAGGAAUGCAAGCAGUACAAGGCUGUGGUCUACAGCAACACUAUCCAGUCCAUCAUCGCCAUCAUCAGAGCCAUGGGGCGCCUCAAGAUCGACUUCGGCGAUGCCGCAAGAGCCGAUGAUGCACGGCAGCUGUUUGUGCUGGCGGGCUCAGCCGAGGAAGGCUUCAUGACUGCAGAGCUGGCCGGUGUCAUUAAGCGGCUCUGGAAGGACGGAGGUGUUCAAGCCUGCUUCAGCCGCUCCCGAGAAUAUCAGCUCAACGACUCGGCAGCGUACUACUUGAAUGAUCUGGACAGGAUAUCCCAGGCCACCUACAUCCCAACUCAGCAGGAUGUCCUGAGGACUCGAGUCAAAACCACAGGCAUUGUGGAAACCCACUUCACAUUCAAGGACCUGCACUUCAAAAUGUUUGAUGUUGGAGGUCAGCGAUCUGAGAGGAAGAAGUGGAUCCAUUGCUUUGAGGGUGUGACCGCCAUCAUCUUCUGCGUGGCCCUCAGUGACUAUGACCUUGUGCUGGCUGAGGACGAGGAGAUGAACCGAAUGCAUGAGAGUAUGAAGCUGUUUGACAGCAUCUGCAACAACAAGUGGUUCACAGACACCUCCAUCAUCCUCUUCCUCAACAAAAAGGACCUGUUUGAGGAGAAGAUUAAGAAGAGCCCUCUUACCAUCUGCUACCCAGAAUAUGCUGGCUCCAACACAUACGAGGAAGCAGCUGCCUACAUCCAGUGUCAGUUUGAGGACCUGAACAAGAGGAAGGACACCAAGGAGAUUUACACCCACUUCACCUGCGCCACAGACACCAAGAAUGUGCAGUUUGUCUUUGACGCCGUCACUGACGUCAUCAUCAAGAACAACCUGAAAGACUGUGGUCUCUUCUGAGGAUAAUGACGAUGAAGACGACAACCCGUUUUUCUUGGCAGUGGAGCCAUCUUAUUGUGCAUCUUUGGUGGGGAAGAUGAGAAGAGUCGGGAGGAUCAGUCACGGACCAGUGCUGUACUAUAUGCCACUUUUAGCAGCUUUAUUUAUGUUUUUGUCUUGGAACAUUUGGAACUAGCGUUACAACAUUUGUGUAGGAUGUUUGUAUCAUUGUAAACGCGUCACAGCAAAUUUUCACACAUUUUUUUUUUUUUUUAAUUUCCUCUGGGGUUUUAUUUUUUUGUUGUUUUAAAAUUUUUGAGGAGAAGGAGGAGAUCACGUUUUUGUUGUUCCUUCUGCCGCCAUCUAUGGAAAAGGAAACUUUGCUAUUGGUGGAAAUGCUUCUUUUCUUCCUUCCCCUACAACUAAAAGGGAAGAGAAGAGGUACAAUUUUGAGUCCAGUUUGUUGGUACUUGUGCCUUCGCAUGCCUUUUACUGCGGUCGUAGUCCUAUUGCUUGUUCUGUUGCCUGCUGAAUUGUUCUAAACAUUAAGAGGUAAACUGUUUUCAUAUGUUAGUGUCCCUGCUAUCUUCUAUGUGCACACCACUGAGCUAUCGGAAGGAGGAAGAUUUCCCUCUGGUCUAAAGGUACAUGGGUCUCCAUGGUGACCAACAUGUAGCCUCCACAGUCCCCUACCCCCAUCGCCCCCACCCGCCAUGACAAUGGAAGGCCUUGCUGGCCGAUCACGCAGUACAAUACUGAGAUGUAUAUUGUUACAUUUACCCCACAAAUCUGGGGUUUGGGUUUUUAAACAGUGUAUAAAAUAUCCAUUCUUUCCAACCAUCCAGAAAACGGUUAGUCAAGGCACUGAGCUUAUAAUACGCUCAUGUGUUUAAAAGUACAAAGACCAGAAUAGGCACAUUUUACUGUAUAUUUUAAUGUAUUUGAAGGAGUUUUCGGUGUUAAAGAGAAAAAAAUAGAACCACAAAAAAAGAUGGUUGUGAAGGUAAGAAUGAGGUCUGAAUUGUUUUAAGCUUCAGAUGCCAUUCUUGGAUCCUUAUCCAGUGAUUUUUGAGAGUAGAGGUGCUGCUUUAGGAUCCACGAAGACUUUCAUUCAGGUGAUGGAAACGAAGACGGUCAAGGGAAGCCUGGUCUGUGAUUUUUAGAUCAGUACUACUUUGCCAAGAAGAGUGAUGAUAGAUACGGUCCUGGAUCUGUUCAUAUAAAGAAACUGCCACAACUGUCAAUGUAUGUGUAUGUUCUCCACUGAAGGAGAAUCUUUGUAGACUCAUCUCCCUUAUUUUGCUAAUAAAAACCAUUUACAAACCAUA